CGCGGGGGGCUCCGGGGGUCCUCUCGGCCGGGCGCAGUGUCGGGCCCGGGGCCGGGGACGCGGAGAGGGGGCGGCCCGGCGGUGGCCGCCCGUGGGCCCUUCGCCCCGUGCAUGGCAGCCUCACCUGACCUGGCCUCCGUCCGGCCCGUGGCGGCGGGCAGGGCCCUGGGGGUCGGCGCCGCGAUGGAUUCGCUGGCAGCGCCCCGGGACCGCCUGGUGGAGCAACUGCUGUCCCCGCGGACCCAGGCCCAGAGGCGGCUCAAGGACAUUGACAAGCAGUACGUGGGCUUCGCCACACUGCCCAACCAGGUGCACCGGAAGUCUGUGAAGAAGGGCUUUGAUUUCACGCUCAUGGUAGCGGGUGAGUCGGGCCUGGGGAAGUCCACUCUGGUCCACAGCCUCUUUCUGACAGACUUGUACAAGGACCGGAAAUUGCUCAGCGCGGAGGAGCGCAUCAACCAGACGGUAGAAAUUCUGAAGCACACGGUGGACAUUGAGGAGAAGGGGGUCAAGCUGAAGCUGACCAUUGUGGACACUCCAGGCUUCGGGGACGCCGUCAAUAACUCUGAGUGCUGGAAGCCCAUCACCGACUAUGUGGACCAGCAGUUCGAGCAAUAUUUCCGCGACGAGAGUGGACUCAACCGCAAGAAUAUCCAGGACAACCGAGUGCACUGCUGCCUGUACUUCAUCUCCCCUUUCGGGCACGGGCUGCGGCCCGUGGAUGUGGGGUUCAUGAAGGCUCUGCACGAGAAGGUCAAUAUCGUGCCCCUCAUCGCCAAAGCUGACUGCCUGGUCCCGGGAGAAAUCCGCAAGCUGAAGGAGCGGAUCCGGGAGGAGAUCGACAAGUUUGGGAUCCACGUAUACCAGUUCCCCGAAUGUGACUCGGAUGAGGAUGAGGACUUCAAGCAGCAGGACCGGGAGCUGAAGGAGAGCGCGCCCUUCGCUGUGAUCGGCAGCAACACGGUGGUGGAGGCCAAGGGCCAGCGGGUCCGAGGGCGCCUGUACCCCUGGGGCAUCGUGGAGGUGGAGAACCAGGCGCACUGCGACUUCGUGAAGCUGCGCAACAUGCUGAUCCGGACGCACAUGCACGACCUCAAGGACGUGACCUGCGAUGUGCACUAUGAGAACUACCGGGCGCACUGCAUCCAGCAGAUGACCAGCAAACUGGCCCAGGACAGCCGCAUGGACAGCCCCAUCCCCAUCCUGCCUCUGCCCACUCCCGACGCCGAGACCGAGAAGCUCAUCAGGAUGAAGGACGAGGAGCUAAGGCGCAUGCAGGAGAUGCUGCAGAAGAUGAAGCAGCAAAUGCAGGACCAGUGACCAGCCCCACUGCCCCACGGCCCCAUGUGGCCGCAGACAGAACUGCCAGUCUCUGGGCUGGCCCUUCCCACCCCCCUGCACCCUAACCGGUCUGGCCUCCACCCUGGACUCAUCUGGAUCUCCAGUGGGCCUGGACAUGUCCCCAACCCUGGAGUGGCCCAGACACGGACUGUUCCCCAAGCGACCCAGAGAGGCGGGGGGCAUACUCCCCCGGCCAACCCUAAUUUAUUCUCAGUGCUGACCCCCUCCCAUCAUAGGUGUCUGCUUUCAGGGGGCGAGACAGCAGCCCCCCGGAAAGGCCCGCUCUGGUCUUGGGGGGAGCAGGAGCUAACAUAGGGCUGAGACUUCUGAGAUAAGCCCCUCCCCCCAGCCCAGAGCGCCUCAGCAGACUCCAGGCCUUUCUCAGGUGGGCAGAUAAACCAAGGCAGAAGGGGGAAGCCGACCUGAGGCUCUCGGGGGCCCAUCGCCCCACUGCCGCAGUGCGGACUCAGGAGCCCCCUGCCCCAGCUAUGCUGGGAGCGCACGGAGCUGAGGCGGGCAGGGUCCUCCCGCACUU